AUGCCACCUGAUCCAGAUGCCGUACACGGCGGGAGCGCCCACACCGCAAAGACCAAGCGAGCCAAAGCAGUCAUUUCCUUCGCGGUCAGCGCUGUGAAGAGAGUGAACGAGACCGUCGAGGAACCGGUCAAGGCAACGAAGCUUGCCGAUGAGCUGCAACAUUACAUCAAACUGGUCGAGACAUCCCCUAGAAUCCAGGGACUCUAUGGCAACGUGGACCUUGAUACCCAAGGGACCAAGCUGUGGAAUCUUUGCAUCAGCCCCAGACAAGCAGAUGCCCAAAGGGCAAACGAAGCAUUGCAUGAGAGAAGGCUGCUCCUACUCAAUGCUCGAGUCUUUGCCUUUCAAAUUCUAGACCUUUCUCGUUACACCCCGAGCAGCGGUUAUGCCCAGGUCCUACUCCUUCUCAAUAUGGCCUUGCGGGCCGGGGUAGCCUGUCUUAGUGGAAACAACGUUGAUCUUGCUAGGAUUGCUCUGCAAAGAGCCGCCGACUAUAACGGUCAUCUGCAGAAUCUGUCUCAGUCACAGCGGCUAACGCAGGAUGAGGCCUGGAAAGAGGAUCAAUUCGACGUCGCAGAGCAUAUGUUCAUAGCUCAAGUCCUUGUCACUGCACUCCUCGGCGUCCAAACCACUGACGGGUACGAGAAGGCGCAGAAUCUUGUUCGCUAUCUGAAGUCCGAGAUAGGAGACAAGUUGGUGGUGCUCCUGUUGGAUUUGGAGGUUUUGAUCAAGGCCCCUGACGAGGUCUUCGAUGCCGACGCUUAUGCACGCAUUCUUGAGCGAAUGAUGCAGAUUUUCAAUCAUCAGGAGACCAACUUCAAGCUUCUGGUAUAUCACAUUCGGAAGCUGCAUGAGAAAAGCCCGAGCGAUGGGGUCAGGAUACUAGACAUGUUUCUCCUCACACUCAACGGGCAGCAAUGCGACGCUUCCUGGAUCGAAAACCUUGUCAUCACUCGAAUGUGGAUGAUAACUUCGCACAGAGAUUCCGACAGUGGCAUCGACGAAGCUCAGAAGUUGUUGCACAAGUUGGACAAGCCUUUGGGUGCUGAGGGCACGGUAGCUGCACAAACAUUGAUCUGGAAGAAGCUCGAGUAUAACUUUACUCAACAUCAAUUUGACCUGGCUGAGAAAUGGUGUCGACUUGCUCUUAGCCCGUUGUUUCGCAACUCCGGUCCUCACAACAUAGCGAAGCUUGAACGGUACAGUAUUGAUAAGACAGUGACUUACAUCAACUGA